UUGAAGGAGGAAGGAAAGGGGGCAGGCGAGGACACGGGAAAGUAGGGAGGGGGGAGGGGGGGCGUGGAGAAUAGGAGGCGAAGGGCGGCUGAAAGCGGUGAUGACAGACAGAAGAAAGAAGGAGAGAAAGGACAAGUGCGCUGGCUGAUGGCGCGUCGACUGCAGGAUUCCAUCACUCUUAGCAACCGGCCCGCUUUGGCGUUGCCACGGUAACGCCGGCUAACGUGCUCCGCUGCCGCCGCCCUCUCUCUCUCCCUCCCUCUCGCUCUCUCUCUCUCUGUCCAUCCUCACUGCCGUGCGCUUCCUGCCUGCGUUGCCACAGCGACACAGUCCUGGACGAGGAAUCCGAUGCUCUGGAGCGUCCAGAAGUUCGCAGCUCCCGCUUUUCCUCCACCUUUCCCUCCACCCGUCAACUCCUCAUCAUCGUCGCAGAGAUCCGUCCGUCCACAAACAGGAAGUUGAGGAACUUUGGACCUUCCAUCCUGGCCUCCUCCUCCCCCCGCUCCUCCUCCUCCUCCGCCUCCUCCACGCCCACAUGAACACCCACGGCCAAGAGGAGGCCCCGAUACCCCCGGAGGAGGAGGAGGCGGCGGCGCAACCGGGAGAGGCGAUGGAAAUCGAGGAGGAGGCGCGACCGGAACAGGUACAGCCGGCUGACCAGGAGCAACGGGGGGAAGACGAAGAGGAGGCGCAACAGGCGGUCGACCUGGAAGAGGAGCAUCAACCUGGGGAGGUGCACAAUCAGGAAGCGGCGGAGCCGCAGGGUCAAAUUGAGGAGGAGGUGCAGGAGCAGGGAGAGGAAGACAUCAAGGAGACGCCGCAGGAGUUGGUGCAGCGGGCCGCCGGUACGGAGCAGGUGGGUGCACCUGAGGAGGCGCGGGUAGAGGACGAACGGGAGAAUGGGGUACGAGAGGACGAAGAAGAGGGUCUGCGGCAACGGCAAGAGCAACCCAUCAAGGAGAUGCCGCAGGAGGAGGUGCAAGAGGAGGAAGAGGAGGCUCAACAGCUGGAAGAGGUGCGGCUCGCUGACGGCGUGGAGGGUCACGCUGAGGAGAUGCGGCGGGAGCGGCUUGAGGAGGAGCUGCGGCAGGCGCAGCGGGAUGCCGUGCCGUCCCAAGAAGAGCAACCGACGGAGGGGGGGCUGCGGGAGAACGCAGCGCGGCAGCAGGAGCGGCAACAAACGGGGAAUUCGCCGCGGGAAGAGGAGCGACACGUGGAGGAGCUGCCGCGGGACGAGGAGCAGGAGGACUUUGUGGACUCUCUGGAGCAAAACCACAACAGUCAAGUUCUCAUUCGCCUCAGAGGAAUGUAAGUAUAAACGGCGG